AUGCCUUUCUCCGUCGCUCUCGCUGGGCUGGGGGCACUUUUCGUUCCCUUGACAGCAGCAUUUGUUGUUCCCAAGGUCCUUACCCAACAUCAAUUGAGCGCGUCAACCGACUCAUCAUUUCUCGAAAGCAGUAUUUUCAGACCACAGUCCAGUGCUGAUACCUUUACCACCGGUCAAUAUGAGUUCCACAUUGAGAGCGAUUAUCACAUUGAGAAUGAUUUUACCCCUCCGUUCAGCGGGAUCGCAACAUUUGCCCACCUGAAUUGGACUAAUUGCUUUGUCCCGGCUAGCGAUGAGACUUUUGAUAUUGGUAUUGUCGGUGCUCCAUUCGACCUAGGUGUUACCUAUCGACCAGGUGAACGAUUUGGUCCCCUUGGGACGAGAUCAGGGUCACGUCGAUUAGACCCCGGUUUCGCAUAUAGUAUGGACCAUAUGGUCAAUCCUUUUACAGACUGGGCAUCUAUUAUUGACUGCGGCGAUAUCUCUAAUACCCCAUUCGAUAAACUUCAAGCUAUUCACGAACUAGAGGCCGGGUGGACGAAGACUGCCUCAAGAAAGCCACAAAAUAAGGAAAAGGGCAAAUAUGUCAGACUGAUUUCGAUUGGAGGAGAUCAUACAAUUACACUUCCGGCGAUCCGAGCAUUGAAACAUACCUGGGGCAAGGUUGCAGUCCUUCACUUCGACUCCCACCUUGAUACAUGGGACCCGAAGCAGCUAGGGGGUGGAUUAACAAAAUACUCUGAAGUAACCCAUGGAAGUAUGCUCCAUAUAGCACACGAGGAAGGGCUGCUAUCCAACGACAGCAACAUGCAUCUAGGAUCGCGAUCCAUGCUCUUUGAUAAAUUCUACGACUUGGAUAAUGAUGUACGCUGUGGAUUCACUAUUAUCCGUGCCCGAAUGAUCGAUGAGAUUGGAAUCGACGAGAUUAUUCGGAGAAUUGUAAACACAGUCAGUGAUAACUAUGUUUAUGUCAGCAUUGACAUCGAUGUACUCGACCCCGCCUUCACGCCUGCGACUGGAACCAUUGAACCUGGUGGUUGGACGACACGGGAGCUUCUCCGUAUUUUGUAUGGUCUGUCGCAAGCUGGCCUGCCCAUUAUUGGCGCGGAUGUUGUAGAGUUUGCCCCUGUGUACGACAACAAUGCAGAUACGACGGCAAUUACGGUGACUCAGAUCAUCUAUGAGCUUCUUCAGUGGAUGGUCCAUGUUCCUGUGAAAGCAUAG